GUUGCUGUGGUAGUUCAAUUUGUCCAGAAGCUCUAAGAAUGCUUGAUUUAUCUAGGAAGAGAAGGUCUUCAAAGUACUUUACCUAAAAGAUCAAUUUAUCCAAAGGGAUUUGUAACACGUCAGGAAGGAAUUGUUGCCAUUUGGUACCUAAAACAAUAAUACAACCCAGGAAUGUGAGACGGAUUUGCAUUGGACUGCUGCCUUGCUUUCACGUGAAGCUUAUGGGUGCUUUUGGAUCCCUGUGUAAUACCCCCAGACAUGUGUAUUCUGGGGGGUUUAGAGAGGACGGACAUUGUGAAAGUUCCAGCCUCAAUCAGAACAAUCUGCUCUCAGGGUCACGUGAACAAAUAUGCUUGUAUUUUAAGGCAGCGCCUAUAUGUCUGAUUAUAAAGGGGUUUCUGUUGCUCUUCUAAAAAAAAAAUCAUAAAUGGCCGCACGAUUUAAAACCAAAACAAAGCACUCUCGCCGGCCAAUUGCUGACUUUUAUUCCUUGGGGUUGAUUGCCAAGGACUGUUGUAAUGAAUUAAAAACAAAACAACAACAACAACAAUAACAACAACAGAUUCCGAACUCCACUCGCCCUCGUUUAUUGGUAGUUGAGGCUGAACCUCUGUUCAUUCUAUCGGGAAUGCUGGUGUAUGAAAAUGCCUGUCACACCGCAAGCCCAGGCUUAGGACAGGACUGUCUGCGGACAAAGGGUGAAGGGUAUAUUCUAACAACUGCAAGCACAGAUAUUGAGACCGAGGAGCCCAGGUUUAUGAUAAAUUGAUACACAGGUACGUCCCAACGGAUUAUCCAAAGGAAUCCGAAGAUCCUACAAAAAGAGUUAAAGUCAAAAAUCAAGAAAAAACAUAAGUGUGGUGGCUUCCUAGGCAGUGAGUGGCCCAGGCCGACCACGUGAGCCGCUGGGACCUAGUCAAUGUUAUCUGAGCAGGGUCCCCAGGCCUUGGUGAUCCCAGAGAGAAAGAUGCAGAAAACCGCUUACUACGAUAACUCGGGGCUCUUCGGGGGCUACACGUACAGCAAAGCCGACGCCUACAGCUACAGCUCGGCCCACCAGCCUUAUACACAAGCCGCCCUGGACACAGACUACCCGAGCUCCGCCUGCUCCAUCCAGAGCUCGGCUCCCAUCCGAGCCCCAACCCACAAGAGCAGCGAGCUGAAUGGCAGCUGCAUGCGGACCAACGGCGGCAGCCAAGCAGGCAGUCAGCCCCCGGGUAUAGGCGAGCAGCAGCAGCCGCCUGCGCUGCCGCCUUCCUCCCCACCGAACCCCACCAGUGCGGCCCCCCCGAAAAAAACCAAAGGCGGCCCCAAUUCCUCCAGCUCUUCCACGGCCACCAUUAGCAAACAGAUCUUCCCCUGGAUGAAAGAGUCCCGGCAGAACUCCAAGCAGAAAAACACCUGCGCCGCUUCAGGAGACAACUGCGAAGAUAAAAGUCCCCCCGGCCCGGCUUCCAAGCGAGUCCGCACCGCCUAUACCAGCGCGCAGCUGGUGGAGCUGGAGAAGGAGUUUCAUUUCAACCGCUAUCUCUGCCGCCCACGCAGGGUGGAAAUGGCCAAUCUUCUGAACCUGACGGAGCGCCAGAUAAAGAUCUGGUUCCAGAACAGGAGAAUGAAGUACAAAAAAGACCAGAAAGCCAAAGGGAUCAUGCACUCUCCUGUAGGACAGUCCCCUGACCGAAGUCCACCCUUAAGUGGCCCAAAUCACGUAGGAUAUUCCAGCCAGCUUCCAACUGUAAAUAGUCUUAGCUAUGAUGCUCCUUCGCCAACAUCCUUUGCCAAAUCACAGCAAAACAUGUAUGGCCUGGCUGCUUACACAGCACCUCUCAGCAGCUGCUUACCCCAGCAGAAACGGUACCCGGGAGCAGAGUAUGACCAUCACACCAUGCAAAGCAGCGGCGGCUUUGCCAAUCCCAAUCUGCAGGGCAGCCCCGUUUAUGUCGGAGGUAAUUUUGUUGAUUCCAUGCCAGCUCCUGGCCCAAUGUUCAAUAUCGGCCAUCUUUCUCAUCCUUCAUCUGCUAGCGUGGACUACAGCUGCGCUGCUCAGAUCCCAGGCAACCAUCACCAUGGACCUUGUGACCCUCAUCCUACAUACACAGAUCUUACUUCUCACCACACAUCUCAGGGAAGGAUUCAGGAAGCACCCAAACUAACGCAUCUGUAGUGGACCGGGACGGAUUGAGGGAGCGAAAUGUACUCACGUUUAAAUUACCUCACUUUUCUGACGUUACAGUGUUACUUUCCUCUGAGCGCCAACGGUAUUAGUGGAUUUCUCUCCCCUAACAGCCACAUUCUUUUUUUGCGACUCUAAAUAAGUCAAUGAAAAGGAUCCUUUCUUUUAUAGCUGUUUAAAGCAUGACAGUGCAAUAUACUGCAAACCAAGGGGCUAAUAAUCUGGUAAUGAUGUACUUGAAGGUAAGUCUUAUAGAUCAAUUAGUGGUAGCAGCGCGUCAUGCUGAGGUGUUUUUAGACCAAUUGUGAACGAUGGGAUCUUGCCUGCAUAUAAACUUAUUUCAGAGAAGUUAAUUUAUGAAUUCUUCAGUAAUGUAAGGAUUGCAUUGGACUAAAUGAUAUGUAUUUAUUGUUUUAAGCGAGACUUUUUUUUUUGUAUCACUGAUUAUUUAUCCUCGUCUUACUGUAUUUAUGUGGAUAUUUGUAGAAUUUAUUCACCAUAACUUCGGGAGAUUGAUUCAGGUCCCUGGUGACUAUUGCAUUUCACCUAUUUAGUAUAUUUGGUCUGAACUAGUUGAGAGAGUAGUUUUGAACAGUUGUAACAGUGGCUGGUGUUUGUAGUUUAUGUAAGGAUUAAUUAAGACUGUAAGUCUUUAAUAGAGUAAAACAAACUGUGGCAUCACACAAAUAGCCCUUAUGCAUUUUUAUAAAGUGUAUUUAUUUCAAAUUGUCUGGGGCCGUUUGAACAUCUAUUUAGAUUUAAAAAAUAAGCCACUUUUUAAAGUUGGAAGUGUGUCUGUUUUAAUAAUGCAAGCUGCAAAGCGGAACACUCGGCCAUUUUGUUUCUGAUAAACUUCUACAUACAAAAACCUCCGAGAGGUUGGCAUUUAUUUAUUGAUUCGCUAUCUCUUGCACACAUUAAUUCGGUGGGCUAUUUUGUUGGUAUUACAUUCUAACUAUCUGAAAUAGAAAAAGCUUAGAAUGCAAAAACAAAACAAAAAAAAAAUAGAAACCGUCUAAUAGUGAUAAUUUAAUUAGGGUUUCCAUAGCAAUCCGAGCUGCAGCUGCCCGUCUCCUUUGUUAUUUAUACUGUUGUCUUUAUAUUAACCAUAAAUCAAUUUUUUUAGACAUCAUUGGAAGCCCGAGCUUAAUUUCGCGCAUUUAAAAAAAAUGAAAGAAAAUUGACAAUCAAAUAUAUACAAAUGAAAGGAAGCCGCUAAGUGUAGAAACUGAGGUACAGUAGUAGGUAAACAAACUAUUCCACAAUAGCUUUCAGUUAGGAAAGUUAUCUCCAUCCGCGUAAUCUUCUGUAGCAGACACUGAUACAUUCCUUGUGAAAACAAAUCUUACUGCCAUUAACAGAAUAUUUCAUAAAAGGAACAAACAUCUUGUUUCCUCCUUUUUAUUUACAUAACGGUGUUUAAUCUCUUGCCGGAUUUACAACGAUUUUGUAAACGUAGAAAUGGUAUUAGCAAGGUUAGUAACCAGACAUGUCCUUCCAGGAAGACGUUAUUCUUACCGCCUUUAAAAAUGCUCAGUUAAGAUUCACAUCUUCUGUAUUCCCAGCAAAAUCGUCCCGACGCAUCACUUUUUAGUUUGACAAGUAACUGCCGCCCCUGCGCCAUCCCCUGAUGACAAGACCUGGAAUUCCUAGUGUGAGAAAUAUUUAACUCCGAGCGUUCUGGUCAACAAGGGAAAUCUUUAUUUUCUGAUCGUUGUGUUUCGCUGGACAGCAAUGCUUCGAAAUAUUAUUUAGUUUUCCCUCUGUGUUGUUUUUAAAAUGUCACGUUACGCUGAGAAAAGAAGUGUAUCCUUUUGUUAAGUUUCAACUUUUACCCCAGCAGAUUUGAAUAUACGUGUUGUAGAUCUGUAAACAAAACAGAAUAAACUACUUUGAGCGAAGACAUAUUUUAACCACUUCGAGACCUACCAUUGUUUUCUAUGACACACACAUCGAUUAUUUCGUCAGAGUUAAGCUAUUAAUAUUUUAAAUAAAUAAUCAAUAAAAUAAAUAGUAAUGAACUUUAUUCGUGAAUUAUACAGAUCCAACGCUUUGUGUUACAGUUUGCAGGGAAUAGAUCAAAAACUGAACUGGUACAUGUAGAUUAGUUUUAUGUUCUUCAAGCUAAAGUAUAUUUCACGUCAUCCGCCUAUAAAUAAAAAAUGCAUAAUCAGUGUAUUCCAGUUGGCAUUUUAUAGUAUCUUAUGUUACUCAACGUUCAUCGUCUGAGUCUGCGGGUGUCUACAAUCCAAGUGUUGUCUACUGUUUAAUGUUUUAUGGGCUAGACUUCACAUAGUGUCUGGGCUGGGUUAUAUUAUUAUUAGUUCAUUUAAAAUUCAUGUAACCAGGGAAAUUAUUAUAAAUACACUUCCCCUUAAAAAAAAGGGGAUUGAAGAAAUUGCUUUAGAAUAAAAACAUAAUGUUACCGGUGAGCACUGGUAUAUCAUAUCUUUGUAUGUCCUGGGGGCAAAGCUUGCAAAUCUCUUUCUCCGAAUGUUCUGACUGUCGUGUGUGGGAGGUGAGGUGGGAGAGGGGUCAUGUGAUAAAUAAAUUCCGUUUCUUCUGGUUUAUUCUGGUAGAGGCAAAUCUGAUGCAACUGCGAUAGAACCCCAUGGUCACAACCUAAUUAUGGGAAGUAAUGUUACCUUGUCUAAAGUGUUGGCAUUUUUACAGUGUUUGUACAAGCACCAGCAAUCUAAGAGAGAGACACUUUGGCAUAAGCCCUCCUUUUCCUUGGCCCGCAGUUUAAACCUUCAUAAAUUAUACAACCCGCUUUCACUUUCAACAUGCAUUCAGUUCCCUUUGAGCCUGCAAUUAGUUUUCUGAGCCAUGGUAACCUAAAUGAAACAAAACACGAGUGCAAGGGCUGAGCUGUGUGAGGCUCCAAACCUUCAUUCAUUUCCAGGAAUGAACCCCCCUCCCAACCCCCCCGCGAAACCAAUAGCCUAAGAGCAGCAAACCAGGUCAGGAAGGCUGAAGUUGGUCUUUCAAUUCCUGUCGGCAUCAUUUCAAUAACGCCUGGUACAGUGACAGUCACAGACAAUUCAUCAGCCCUGAAAAUUCAUUUCUAAGCGGGGCCAAACAACCCCUUCUGACGUGCUACUGAGAAAGAGACAAAGAUGGCUUCGUUGUAUGUCAGGCUACUUAAAGUCUGACCCGAAGCCCAUUGAAGUCGAUGGAACGACUCCCAUUGACUUCACUUGCCUUUGGAUCAGGCCCCAAUGAGUUUAUUAUAAUAGCGCUUGCUGUUUAUUUGUUUGAUUAAAAAUGGCAUUCAAAAUAACAACCAGAGAAACUGAGAGUUUUAAACAAAUAACCCGAACCUAAUCAGUGACUGUGCCUGCUAUCUCUGCUGGGUUAUUCAUUGAGCGAAGGGGGGCGAUUAAUUUGAUAGGGAUUAAUUCCUGCUAAAGGAAGAUAUUUAGUGUGGAGCUGACGGAACAAUGUGACCUCUAUUUAAGCGUUUUGAUUGUGGAGACCUCUUGUGAUUAGUAAUAAACUAAAGUAAAAGGUUUAGAGCCAGAUCCUAGUCCACUCACCGGGGGAAAUCCUGGCCCCACUGAAGUCAAUAAAUGGGACCUAAAAAGCUCCUUUAUUUUUGAUGUAAGAAGCAGGUAACCUUCUGUCCAGUAUAACCCACUUAUUAUUUACCAUUUCAAACGGAGCUGUGCACUGGAAAAAGAACUCCGAAAUUACACCUUGAAGUACCUCCUCCCUGGGUGGUUUUUUUGUUUUUGUUUUUGAAUUACACACUGUAGUUAGGUUUCAGAGUAACAGCCGUGUUAGUCUGUAUUCGCAAAAAGAAAAGGAGUACUGUGGCAGCUUAGAGACUAACCAAUUUAUUUGAGCAUAAGCUUUCGUGAGCUACAGCUCACUUCAUCGGAUGCACUGUAGUUAGGCGACCUCAGUGGUCAUAGAAACACUGAACUGAAUGGGAUAUUCCUGUAUGCUGAGGCUGAUUUAAAGGCUGGACUGGUGCUUAUCAUCACUUAUUAUGCUCAAUGCUCUUUUCGCUGUAAUAAUAUUUUCUAUCGGUACAAAGACUGCUCAGAGUCCUGAUGGCCACAAAGCUACAGGAGAACGAUCACGGAGCACACGUAACUAGUUUGUACUAUUCUGAUACACAACCAUCCAGUUAGACCCCGAAAACUCCAUUAGCAUCCACAGAACAAGGUAAAAGAGAACGAGAACCUGCCUUUAAACCAUAUCAUGGAAAAAUAAAGACAGAUACCCUUUGUGCGUUACCAGCAAAUGCCUUUGAAUGUAGGGACUGUAAAGAUCAAUUCCCUCUCCCCCCGCAAAGAUAAUUUAUACCAGAGAAAGAAUUGGUGUCUGAGGCUCUACGGGCUGGUAAUAACCAGUCACUCUGCAAGAUAUUUAGCAUGUCUACUGACCACCUUCACUAAGCGUUAUUCCCUUCGUCCCACUUGAUACGGCUCCUGCACAGCUCCCAUUCAACAGAAGGACCCUUGCAAAAGCAGCAGAGUUUUCUGCAAAGCCCUGGAAAGCAGCUAGUUAGUUUAAAUGUCCUCUCGGUUGGGGGACGGGGUGAGGGUUAGAGAAAAAUUCUGGAGACUAAAAUUUCUGUAAAUGACCACAUGACCUAUCUGUAUUUGACAAAGCUCGGAGAAAUACCUAUGUGUAUAUCCAACCUUUUGGCUGGGGACUUUGUCAUAAUCUCUGUGCUAAUAGCUCUACGUCGUUUACUUUAAUAUUUUAG